CCCACUCCGACCAAUAGGCUGCGCUGUAGGGUGUUUACUGGAGACGUCACUUCCUGUUGUCCCAGUAAAGAAGAGGCAACAUUACAAGAUGAAAAACUAUUCUCCUGCUUUAGCGUGCUAACGGUUUAAUUUUUAAAAGCUAUUAUAGUAACUGCAUAUAUUAUCCCCACAUUUCCCGGAUACUUUGUCAAGAUGCCUGUCCAGUGUAGCAGCUGCUCUGAAAAGCGUGCUGUGCUUAAACGUCCAAAAACCGGCCACUCUCUGUGUAAGGAGUGCUUCUUCUGGACCUUUGAAGAGGAGAUUCAUCAGACCAUAGUGUCAGCAAAGCUGUUCAAACCCGGGGAGUCUGUGGGAAUCGCUGCCUCCGGGGGAAAAGAUUCCACUGUGCUUGCACAUGUAAUGAAGGUCCUGAAUGAGCGAUACAGCUACGGCCUUGAGCUCAUGCUUCUCUCUGUGGACGAGGGAAUCACAGGUUAUCGGGAUGACUCCUUGGAGACGGUGAAGAGGAACCAGCAACAGUAUGAGCUGCCUCUGAAGAUUGUGUCCUAUGAGGAGCUGUAUGGCUGGACAAUGGAUGCUAUAGUGAAGCAGGUUGGGCUGAAAAAUAACUGCACCUUCUGUGGCGUGUUCAGGAGGCAGGCGUUGGACAGAGGAGCCAUCUUGCUUAAAGUGGACAAGAUAUGUACAGGUCACAAUGCUGAUGAUGUGGCAGAAACUGUUUUGAUGAACGUCUUGCGAGGGGACAUAGCUCGGCUGCGCCGCUGCACCGCCAUCUCAACGGACAGCGAGAACGAAGGGGUCGUGCCGCGCUGCAAGCCACUCAAAUACGCUUAUGAAAAAGAGAUUGUGCUGUAUGCUUACUUCAAGAAAUUAGACUACUUUUCUACUGAGUGUAUCUACUCUCCUAAUGCUUACCGUGGCUAUGCAAGAACCUAUUUAAAGGAUCUGGAGAGUGUGAGGCCCAGUUCAAUCAUGGACGUUAUUCACUCCGGUGAGAACCUGUCUGUGCGCGAGGGGGUAAAGAUGCCUGUCCAGGGAACCUGCAGCCGCUGUGGCUACAUCUCCAGUCAGAAACUGUGUAAGGCAUGUGUGCUGCUGGAGGGGCUGAACCGUGGUCUGCCAAAGCUGGGAAUAGGCAAACACCACCGCUUCCAUGAUAAAAUCCUCUCCCAGCAGCCGCUUACAGAGGAGGAGGAGAGAAAGCUGAAAGCAGUAGACUUUUGACUAUCAGAAAUAAUGAUUUUUUUCUUUAGAAUAAAUGAGAUUUGUUGUCUUUUAUAUGCGAGAGAUCAAAUCUUAUCUUUACAUUUGAUAUCAUUUAAGUAUUUAUUGACUGUUUAUAUGGAAUUUUAAUUUGAAAUGGAAAUGCUAUGUAGACUUUUUACACUUUAUACAAAAGUGUGUGACCAGCUGCUUUUGUUGUCAUUUGCCAUCUAAAAAAGACACAUUUGAAGGUGCAUUUUCUUUAUUUUUGUAUGUCCCAGUGUUGGUCACACCAGUUAUGGUCAUACUUCAAAGUAUUUUAUGAACUAUAAUAAAUGCAUUGAUCUUUAUCUUCAAACUUGUCCCAUA